GAAUCGGUACCGCACUAAUUGUCUGUACAACGGCAUUAGCAUCUUGAUGGAGUCAAGCUGAAUCAUUUGACUCAUUUCAACGUGCUCAGUAAACCCUAAAAACUACGUUAGACGAUCUGUGAAGCUGCACUGAGUGCUCUCGGAAUACUCUGGAAUGUGUGAAUGUUGACCGCUUUCCUCCUUCUGCAUUGCAUUUUGCGUAGAGGUUGAGCUAGGUGGCAGAAUGGCACCCACCUACAAGAGAUACAGUAAUCCACACUACAGUACUUCGUGAUUGAUCUCAUGAACGAUGCAAGAUGCUGUGACCUAUAAUUUUACGAGAUCCCAAGGAAGUGGGUUCAUCGGGCGGUCGCGGAUAUCUCGGAUGUUGAGGUGUAACACAUCCAAAAGAUUUAAUAGUCAAUACUCUUCAUUUGAGCAUUAGUUUCUUUCAUCUGUGCACUUGAUUUAUUGCGAAUGUGUAAUUCAGACCAGCUUCGAAAUCAGGGUUUCCUUAUUCCGUGUACAUGUGGUUGGCAACCUUCGAGAAUCCAGGAUCUAAAGUCUAUUGGGUAACAAAAUUGUUCAGAAUUUUUCCAGCUUGUAGCACAGAACUCUGUAACUGUUUGGUAAAUAUCUUCAUCUCAAAGUACGUGGGUAGUACGAUGAAUUCUAUUGUAUUCGUGCUUCUGGUAGCGGUGAUACUUCUGUCUCUCUACCUUGGAUUUGGUCCUUCAUUACAGAGACGCAAGUUUCAAAUUAAUGUAGAACUUUGCAUGCGCUUAGAAAAGAAGCUUGCUAAGACGCAAACCCACAUACAUGAUCAGUAUGAUCCUUUGAAAAUGACUGGAAUUCAAAAGAAGAUCUACCAAGAAUUGAAGGCAGUGAUGAAACGAGCAACUGAUUUGCUUAAGCAAUGCAGGUGCAGCAACAGAAAAUCGUGGCUUUGUGCAGCAGUAGCCCUUCUAGAUAUCAAAGAGCAUGUGCUGGAUAUUGAACUUGAGCUUGCAUGGUGCACACGCAUGUUGAAAUUAUCAACUACUAGCCACUUGGAUAGUACAGUAGAUACUGACGAAGAUAGCAACGUGGCCAAGGCAGAAACACAGCAGAAAUCACUUUAUGACAAGUUGUCGGACGACUUGGAAGAUUUGCAAAAGGCAGCUAAUAAAGAUAAGGCACAUCUGCUGUCCAAGCUUGAGAAAGAGGUUUCGAAGCAUGACAAGGGGUCGGAGCAUCACCUGCUGGUAACCUACUUGCAGUGCCGUCUCAAAGAGUUACAAGGUAACUCUAUUCCUGAUGGUGACGUCAAAUGUUUAGACGAGUACUUCGGAAAGAAGGUCCAAUUGGUUGAGAGCGUGGGUGAAGGUGCAUAUGGCUACGUAUAUAAAACCAAGGGGUUGGAGCACCUGAACAUUCCCAAGCAAGCAGUGAAAAUAAUUCUUGAACCUAAUGCUUUGGAGGGGAAGUUUCUGAAAUUUUGCUAUCAUCCACAUAUCGUGCAGUACUUUUGGUCCUGGGAGCAGAUCGUUACCGACCGUAUAGCUAUUGACAAAAUGAAGAAUUGUUUUCUGGAGGAUGAGAAGUAUUCCUACAUACUAAUGGAACUUAUGCGUACGAACCUCACUCUUGAAAUCUGGGAGAAUAAGCAGAAGAAUCCAGGCAGUCCACCCUUUGCACUGCCUGUGGCGAUCGACAUAAUGCUUCAGAUCGCAAAAGCAAUGCGAUACCUUCACGGUAAGAGGAUCACCAAGAGUAAGAUCACCCACAGAGACCUCAAACCCGCUAAUAUACUAGUGGAAACUCAAGGAAACUCUUUGCAUGUGAAGUUGGUAGAUUUUGGGAUAUCGAAAGUAUACCAGCACACUGAAACCUUAGGUGCUCAAACUCGGAAGCUGGGCACAACGGUGUAUGCGGCACCUGAGGUUUUCCUCCCAGCUGAGAAUGGCACCACGACGGCAAAUUAUCCUCCCAGGGCUGACGUUUGGAGUUUUGCAAUGACAUGUUCAGAAAUUCUCACUGGUCGUACUCCUUUUCACCGUGUACUUGAAAGAAAAGAUCUUCACGAGAAAAUCAAAGAUGGAUUAAGGCCUGAUUUGCCGGAUAACCUGCCUGAUUGCCUGCGUUUCUGCAUUGAAAGCUGCUGGAACCUGGAUCCUCAACAGAGACCAAACUUUCAGAAUAUAUGCAGAAUGCUCACUGUUGCGAAAGCCGUGAGUUUGAAUGCAACUCUUGCCGAGUCUGCUUUCAAACAUGUGCAAAAGCUUGGCGAUCCUUCGCUGCAAAUUGCUUCAAAGCGAGAACCUGAAGUGUGUGCAGGUAUUCAUAACUAAUGUGUGCCACAGAAAGUUUUUUAACAUGUGUCCAUGUCACACUGCUCCACUGUGAUUUUCCGCAUUUAAAACAUGUUUGAGACAUCUCAGCUGUGUUCAUAUGUGCAGCAAGUGGACUCAAGG